UGAUACAUCAAUGGUCAUUAAGCUAUCAGUUAGGAUUGUAUUAUACGCAGCAAAUGAUUACAUUAUAAACGUAGAACAGUGAAUCGGAAAUCAUGGGUCUUCAUGAUAGGAAUGUUCAAACAAGAAUUCUUUAUCCAUCAUCAAGUGUCAAAGCAUUCUGGUUGGUCAAAAUUGUCUUCUAUUUGUCGAUGUCUACUAUAACUACCGAGAAAGAUGAUAAAGACUGGAAGAAUCUAAUGAAUCAAUAUUCCUCAAUUUGUGGCAGAGACGCCAUUUGUGAUCAAUCUUUGAUAGGCACCACCACCAACAGGACAAGCAACGUUUCCUGUCCAAGUUGUAGCUGCAAUAGAUUAUGUCAGAUUCAUGGUAACUGUUGCCUUGAUAUAUCGUUCAAUACAUGCGUGCAAACCUCGUUCGGUUCUGAAGGGAAACAAAAAUUUUAUUUUAUAAAAAAUGACUGCCUCCCAAGUGCCGAUAAACAACUUGUAAGGAUUCAAGAAGCAAACGAGAAUAAGAAUUUACUUCGAAGAAACCCUGUUACCUCAAAAUCAACUAAUAUGUCAUACAGGAAUGCUUACUGUGCUCAAUGUAAUAAUGACUCUAUUUUUGUUCCUUGGGAUAUUGAAACAAAUUGCCCCAUUAGUGAAAACGUGUUUUCCACCAUUGACGAUGUGUGGGAUUAUUUUCAAUCUAAGCAUUGCUCUUUAAGUUUCAUCCCUUCAGAUGACAUUCGCCAGAAAUUAGAAGUCCCUAAAGUAUGUGAUUGGAAUAAACAUCGUAUCGGUGAGUGCAAUGCCACGGGAAAGCUAUCUUCAUUUGAUUCGACAGUUGAAACUGCUUGCAAGACAAACUAUCAUCCUUUUGGCUUGUUUCAAAAUCCCUUUUGCCUGUUGUGUAACAUUGGAGAUGGCUUGUUUGAACCACCAAUAUCAACUUGCAAUGUCACGGGGCAGAUUGAUUAUAUACCUCAACAUUUAUAUGAUGCAUGCAUGAACGAUACUGUAGAAGCAUUACAAUAUCCAUAUAAAAACAAAUAUUGUGAAGAAUGUAAUUUAGUCAAAACAGGAAGAACCGAUAUAAAAUUGCAAGACGCCAUAUUGUUUAUUUAUAUUUACAACAGACCAGAAAAAACAAACAAGAAUGGUCAAUUUAUUCCUGGAAAAGUGUCUUAUGUAUCUGAGUUUAGUGUAAGUAACGUAAAUUUUUCCUAUGAAUCCUCGAUAUCAAUCCAUUUAAAUACCAAAGGACGUUUUCCGCAAGCAAAUGCUGAAGAUUUCGGCUGGUUUCUAAAGAGGAAAUGGUGUCGAAGAGCCAAGUCCCGUAUUGAUGCCGAUGCAGAGUAUUCAGAUGACAAAUAUUCAUAUCGUCCUUGUUCAUGUUCUGCCGAGUGCAACAAUACCAGCAGCUGUUGUGAAGAUCCAAAGUAUGAGCUCAUUAUGAAGCAAGUGAACAAAUGGUCAUGUGUGGAUGUAUCGUACCCUCGGACACUUGAUUUAUACCAAAAUUCUUAUUUUAUGAUAAGUAAAUGCUCGGAGGCUUACAAUGACACUGAAAUCAAGAAUCUUUGUGAAAAAGACAACAAACAUUAUCUUAGCCUUAUACCAAUCACGGAUAAAAAUACAUCGGUUACGUACAAAAAUUAUUUUUGUUUUCUUUGUGUUGUACCGGAUAGCGACAAUAUUCAAAACCACACCUACCUCGUGCCAUGGACUAUUUCCUUGGCAUGUCCUGAAAUUUGGAAUUUUAAACGUGAAGCCAGCUUGGAACUUAUCAUACAAAACGUUGACUCUAGGAAUUGUCAGCUAAAUUUUCGGCCAUCCCUUUCUUUUCCACCCGGUUGUGUCUUUUCUGUAGCUGGAAGUCUGUACUGUUCACUAUGUGAUCAAGCAAGAAAGACUAUAAGUGGAGGACGUGAAUUUACUAUUAAUUAUCGUACGAUAUUCUCGUUAUUUGAAAACACAGAUGAAAUAGGCUUAGAAAACCCUAAAGAUCCUAACGCAAAAUGCCAAGAUAAUGAAUUUUUUGACAUUUUCAAGGGAAAAUGUCGACAACUUUCCUGUUUCCCUGGGAAAACCCUUGUGAAUGGGAAAUGUUAUCCAUUGAUUUCAUUCCAAUCUCCUUUAGUUUACAACAUAGCCUUUAAAGCAGUUCUUCAAGUACACCAAGGCUACAUGCAGAUGAAUCUUGACCAAUUAAUUCAAACAAUGAUUUCCUUCUUGAUAGAGGAUCUUCACAAUGGUACCGAUCUAAGUGUUAAUAUUUUGGAAUAUCGACAGCGCUACAAAAGAAUGUGUGAAGAUACAAUAACGGUGUUUGAUUCAAAUCCACUUGAGUUAAGCAUUUUUAUCAAAAUAAUCAUACAAAGCAAAAAUAAUGUGAAAGAUCAAAAUGAAAUCGAACAUAGUCUUAAUAACGCUUGUACGAAGACUGGAUCUUUCCAGAAUUUUUCAAUGGAAUUUUCAGAGGAUGUGAAGGCGUGGUUUCUACCAAUCCAAAAGAACACAUUACCGUCCCUUCAAUUAUGUGAUACACACUAUCUGUCUCUUCGACAAUACAGCAAUAACCCAGGUAUUGAUAUCACCAAGCUGUUGUUUUGUCCGCAACUGUCAUUAUCAACCGAAGAGUUUCAGAUUUCACAUGAUGGACUUCAGGUACAUGUAUCUUCUCUGAACCGGACAUUCUUUUAUAAUGAAUUCUCCAGAGGUGAAAACAAUACGGUUCGGAUAUGUGCCACUGACUAUACAUCUACGAUACAAUCUAAUCAAACUCAGUCAGGAUCUGGGGAAAAUUCAGAACAUUUCUUCCUUGAAGUAUUGACAAUUCUAACAACAUGCAUAUCCAUUGUUUCUCUGAUUAUUACUUUCAUUGUCUAUUCCAUUCUCAAAAAGCUUCGCACCAUCCCAGGUCAAAAUUUGAUGUGUUUUGUAGCAUCACUGUUCUUUGCUCAACUAUUUUUACUCCUUAAAGGUGUGUUCGAAGAUAACAAGAUAGCAUGUAACGUGGUUGGGAUAUUCAUUUACUACUUUUGGCUUUCUACAUUUACUUGUGCGAGUGUUUGUUCUUUCCAUAUGUUUCGUGUGUUUGUGUGUGAUGCUCGAUUUUAUGACAAAAACCCUUGUAAUCAUACCAUCAUAUUAUACUCGAUUUAUGCAUUCCUGGUUCCUGUUUUAAGUAUUUGCCUAACUAUUGGAAUUCAUAUGGCUCUCUCGCAAUCUUCUCUGACAGGGUUUGGGGGAAGUUCUUGUUUUAUUGACGACAAGGACACUCAACUGUACAGCUUUAUUCUUCCUAUCUCUAUUAUUUGCUUCAUAAACUUUAUUUUGUUUUCUAUAACGUUUUAUAAAAUCCACAGUGCUCCUACAAUUGAAAAUACCCAAUGUCGAAACGAUCUUAGAAUUUAUUUUAAGCUUUUUCUUCUGACUGGUACAGCUUGGGUUUUUCAGAUCAUAGAUGGACUGUUCCCCGUAUCACCCUUUUCAUACCUAGUAACAGUUAUAAAUGGGUCACAGGGGGUGUAUAUUAUGAUUUCCUUUAUCUUUACUCAUCGCGUCAAACUCAUGUUUGUGGAGAUGGGUUGGUUUGACAAAUUGGGUCUUCGAAAAGGAAAGAAAUCUCAGAGCAGUGGGGAGACAAAACUAACCCAUAGAAGUGCAGCACCUUCAGAAUUUGUUAGAAUAUUUCAACCAUGUACUACUUAAACAUUUAUAUUUGAAAAUAAUAAUAUCACCGACAUAUCAGAGUCUAUAUGUAAAAGGGUUCUCAAAACAUUCAUGGACAGAGUCAUAGACUUUAGACUCUUUGUGUCACAUCAAAUAAAAUGUAAAAUUUAUUUAACAUUAUAUUUUUCUUUCCACAGAAUAAA